UAAUUUCUGUCUAAUUGCAGUUCACAAAAAGGAAGUUAACAGCCCGAGAAUGUGAGCAAACCAUGUCAAAUGAUGAAGUGAAUGCAUCCUGUAGACGAAAGUCCUCUAAAACUUCCAAGGUGACAGAUAAAGCCAAGGAAAAAUCUAUUCCUACAAGUACUGGGUCCUUACCAAGUUCAUCACUUUGUCACAACAGAAGUAAACGCAUUCCUAGAACCAAAUUUGUUGGACGGCGUAUCAGUCAUCAACGGGAAGAUCAAACCAAAAGCAAAAAAUGGUACUUCGGAACUGUAACUGGUACAUUGUCUGGAAACGAUGGAGCUCCAACAACUGAGUAUGAAGUGUUGUACGAUGGUGAACAAGAUCCUUGGUGUGUAAAAGGUCUCCUGCAAGAUUACAGAUCUUCAUCUCUCAAAUUCAUUGAUGUGUGAACAUAACAACAGCUUGUUUAUGAUCAGUUUGGCUUGUGAAUAGAUACAGUAAUAGUAAAUCAUUAGGGACUGGAUUCUCACCCAUGAUUCAUGUUGAUGGUUUGAGGACUUUCGCUUUGUCAGUUUUAAAUCAUUGCAACUUUUACAACUUAUUAACCUGAAAGUGCACUACAAUGUAUAUGAUGUCCAUGGUAAUUAUGAGUGACUUUCUCAUCAUCUACGAAGAGGAUGCUUGGAAAAUAGUUGCACUGGUUU